GUGAUGAAAUGUAAGAUAUAUAAUCAUACUGCGUGUAAGUUUUAAAUAAUACGACCAUCAGUAAGCCAACUCAUUCUUACUUCGCAAUAGAGAUCUCAAUGGAAUACGUUGUUAAUUUGGGUCAAACGUUUAAGUAGACACUAAGUACUUUGUCCUUGAAGAGUCAAGUACUGUUGGGUCCUUUGUGAGACGCGAUGCAACAUCAAGUACUCUUUAAGGCCCGACGUGUUUGGUCAAGCACCUGCAGUAACCGGCGCUGUCAUAACCUAGCGACCUACAGGCUAUUCCCCCCGACCACUUUCACUAUCCAACUGGGUCGUCCCGGGUUCGAAGUAUGUUCGCAACUUGUGUAAGCCCACAGUCCUCCGCAGGGCUCCACAGAAUGCAGAGGUAGCACUUGCGCGCAAGAUCGCCUUUGACCUGUUUUCCGAUUGGUCAGCCUUAGGAAGGGCUUGUGCAAUACCUACCCGAUUAAUUAUGACUUCAUACUCUCACGCAGGAUAUCUGUAAAGGGUUAGUAAUGUUUGUGAGCCUGAGCUGGUUUGUACUCUUGGUAGCUGUGCACCAUGGAGCAUAUGCCAAAAUACCUGAAUUUAUCCACGUAUGUAAUCGAAACGAUCCUAUGAUUGAUCAGUGCAUUCUGAACUCAGUCGAAUCAUUGAAACCUCUACUACUGAAAGGUAUACCGGAGCUUGAUAUACCGUCCCUGGAACCUGUUCGUUUCCCGGAGAUCGUCAUCGCCAAGACCAGUUCCUUCAGAGCAGUCGGUACCGAUGUGGUCAUUAGCGGAGCCUCCAACUACAAAAUAACGAGCUUCAAGUCGAACAUUCCCAAACUGACAUUUUUCAUUGGUCUUCACUUCCCCUAUAUCCAGGUAGAUGCAAACUAUGAUGUCAACAUGCGAAUUCUGGCGUUGAUUCUUAGAGGAAAUGGACCUCUUCAAUCAAACAAUACUGACAUUAAUGCAAACGCCAUUUUGAAAGGGCACAAAGAAGUCAGAAAUGGAAAGACGUACGCUAAAUUCGAUGCAUUAGAGCUCAAGUUGAAGUGGAAAAACUAUAACGUCAAGUUGGAAAAUCUUUUUAAUGGCGAUAGACGUUUAGGAGAAGCUGUCAAUGCCGCUUUGAACCAGAACAAGAAAGAGCUACUGGACGCAAUUCUUCCAACGCUUGAAAGGGUCGUGUCAAACACAUUAUUAGAUAUAACAGAUAAAAUUACGAAAAAUUUCACGUUUGAAGAACUCUUUCCGGAAUAAUAAACAGAUAAAUAAAAGUAGAAUAAACUAUUUGUCCUAUUAAAAAAUAAUUUAUUUUUAAUUCCACUAUUCAAGAAUCAAG